UGUGUGUGUGUGUGGGUCGGUGGGUGGAUGUGUUUUGGUGGGAUCGGACGGACUGAGGGAGGGGCUCCUGGCGUAACCCAGCGGGAGGAGCGGCAGCAAGAGGAAGAAGAGGGCCACACAAACACCGCUAUUCACUACUUGCUGCCCGGUUAUUGUGCGAUAAUGUCCACGAUUCAAACACUGAGAGCUUUUGUUAACCAGCGACUGACUGCAGCUGUAGAAGAGAUCUUCGGGCUGCUGGAAACAACCAUAUCAAACUACGAAGACGAGAUUGAUCGCCAUCGUAGGCUGCUGGAGGAUAGUGUCAAGCCUGACACCCACAUAAACAAAGCAGUUUUACCUCCAGAUGUCCGAAAACUGAUUGUUAGAAAAGAAGAGCAGGAAGAGUGGAGGACCAGUCUGGGCCGGGAUUAUCCAGAGCCCCCACACAUUAAAGAGGAACAGGAGGAACUCUGGAGCAGUCAGGAGGGAGAACAGCUUCAAGGACAGGAGGAGGAUGAUAUCACCAAGUUCACAUUCACUGCUGUCUCUGUGAAGAGUGAAGAUGAUGAGGAGAAAGCUCAGUCCUCACAGCUUCUUCAAAUACAAACUGAGGAGAACAGAGAGGCAGAGCCUUCAGCCUGCAGCUCAACUAAACAGAUGAAAACAGAAACUGACAGCAGUCAUCAGCUGCUAUCUUUAUACUGUUGUGAAUCAGAGACUGAGGAUAGUAAUGAUGAUUGGAAGGAGACAAGAGAACAAGAGUCAGGUUCAGACACACUGAAAUAUGAGAGCACUGUGAAUCAUAAUAAAUCCCACACCCGCGAGAGGCCAUUUAGUUGCACAGUUUGUGAUAAAAGAUUUGGUUGCAAAGGAAAUCUGCAUGCCCACAUGAGAAGCCAUACAGGGGAAAAACCUUUCACCUGCACCGUUUGUAACAAAAGUUUUAGUGCAAAGGAGUGCCAACAUCCCCAACAGCUGUGCUGUACGCAAGGAAAUGUUAAGGAAAUUACAGAGACCCAACAAAUCCCACCAUGAGCAAGCAUUUGGCGACAGGGGCAAGGAAAAACUUCCUUUAAGAGGGCAGAAACCUUGGACAGAACCAGACUCAAUGGUGGUCGG